GGGACACCGAUAGUCAGAACGAGCUUGAAAGUAACUCGGGAGGUAAUAACGCAAGACUCCCCAAACGAAGCUAAAUCUUGAACCUGACAGGACCAAUAACUAUUCUCAUCAAUUUUACUCCUGUUUGCUAAACUUGAAGACUUCUACUUUUCUUUCAUUUUAUCUUUCCUACGUUUGUGAACAACGCAGUCUGUCAAAAUGAUGCGCCUCGCAGACACCUACGCCCAGAAGAACUCUCUCCUGAACGCCAUGAACCGCUUCAUCGGCGCCGUGAACAACAUGGACCAGACGGUGAUGGUGCCCAGCCUGCUGCGGGACGUGCCGUUGGAGCACGAGAAGGAACCGGAGGUGAGCGCGCCCGGUAGCUAUCUGCGGGACGCUGAGGCCGACAUGUUCAGCUACUACACGCAGCUCAAGGGGAUCCGCAACGACAUCGAGUGGGGAGUUCUGGGGCGCGCGGAGGAGCUGCGACGCAAGGAGAAAGAGAGCCUCGCACAAGAAGCCUCCCGCGCCAACGACAACGAAACGAGCGAAGAGGUGGACCUGGAGCAGCUGUUCCGGUUCCAUCUGAGGGGCCUGCACGGGGUGCUGUCCAAACUCACACACCAGGCCAACGAUCUGACCAACCGCUACAAGCAGGAGAUUGGCAUCGCGGGCUGGGGCCAGUGAGAAGCCUUUAUCGCGCGCGCACCUCCACCUGCUGCUUGAACGUUCGACCAUGACCAGCUUCGCACAGCACAACGCGGAGAAGAGUUGAACCUUGUUAAAAACCUGAGAUCUUCCGCAAAGAGUUCUCAAAGAAAGAAGAGAACGAGAGAAGAAUGAGAGACUGUUUUCCCACUUCUACUCCUCCGCCCUCGCAUCAAGAGACAAUAACUUGUUCAUGGCCGAGGCAGCGGGAACUCAAAUCAAAUACUUUCAAGAUUUGCACUGAUCCGUUUAUUUCCGUUUGACAAAUGACAAGCCAUGGCUUUGUGAUGAUAUUUAUUCUUAUAAUAAUAAUAUAUGAUGUAUGUAUGUUUUGCUGUUAAACUACUUUUGGACUGAAUGGUGCUGAAGACUGAAGUCAUAUGAAGCCCUAACUGAAUUAACUGACAGGCAAUGAGUGUGUGCAAGUGUGUGUAUGCGAUUAGUGUACCCUGCAAGAGGGUGUGAGUAACUGGGUACACUAAUGAGAACUGCAUAGGUUUUGCUCAUCCAUGAAACACUUCACCUGCCGUGUCGCUAAUGCUCCUUCCUCUAACAGUGUAACUACUGAACUCUGUGAAUGAUCCACAUGUAAGAGAGUGUGUCUAGGUUGUGUGUGUGUGUUAAAGAGAUGGCUGGCGUGUUUACGUCGGCUGGUGACCUGAUCCACAUGAGAAUCUAUGAUCUGGAGUCCUCUGAGAAUCCCACAGAACUAUGAUGAGGCCCAUGAGAUUCUGACAUCACCUAGCAAUUUUGUGCUAUAAAUAUCUGUUGUAAAUAUUUUGUUUUAUGCUGUUUGUAAAUUAUUUUUCCAUAUGUUGUUUUUCACUGAAAAUAAAAGAAAACUUUUUUGAAAACUGA